AGUGAUUCUAGCAAUUUAGUUUCAUUAUUUAGCAUGGGUAAGGAGGGGGAUUCUGGUUGUCCCACUGAUGGCAUUGACUUGGAAGACUCUAUUCUCAAGUACAUAAGCGAGGAGCUUAUGGCCGAGGACAUGGAAAACAACCCCUCUACGUUUCAUAAUGCAUUAGCUCUGCAAGCUGCGGAGAAAUCUCUCUAUGAAGUUCUUGGCCAGAACUACCCUACGCGUACUACUGAUAAUGAAACCCAAACCCAAAUCACUAUGCUUUAUGAUUGUUAUCAGGGUGCUGAGAAUCCAGAAAGUUGUUCUUCUGGUAACUUCGAUGUUCAGAAUAGCUUUGGCUGUUCUAGUUCCAGCAAUAGCAGCUCUUUUCUUCCACCAUGGAAUGGUGAUUGUUUGGAAAAUAAUACAAAUAGACCAUCUUUCUUCGAAACACCUGUUCCUUCAAACUUCUUUUUUCAAUCAACUUCAAGUUUUAGACAUCGACCAUCACUCAGCUCUCAAAAUAAUUUCUCUAACAAUGGUGGGGGAGCACCUGGAUAUCCUGUUAGUGAGUUUGUGAUCCAACAAAUUAGUCAAUUGGUCCGCACACAAUUCAACAAAGGAGUUGAGGAAGCUAAUAGGUGCCUUCUUAAAGUUAAUAAUCAGGGGGAGUAUUUACCUACUUUCUUGACAAAAAAGAAGAAUCAUGUACAAGAAGAUGAAGAUUUAGAAGAAGGGAGGAACAACAAACAGUCAGCAACUUCUAUGGAUGAUGAAACUGAGCUGCUAGUGAUGUUUGAUAGGAUGUUAGCUUGUGGUGGCAGAAGAGAGCCUCAUCCUAGUUUCAUUGUCAGCCGGUCUUUGCAGAAUAUGCAAAGUAAGACGACAUUACAACCGAGUGUGCAAACAAAUUAUGGAUCUAGUAAUGGUGGAAAGGCAGCUCGUGGCAAGAAACAACAAGGAAACAAGAAGAAAGUUAUUUAUUUGAGAACACCCAUUAUUUCAUGCGCAAAAGCUUUCUCCGCUAAUGAUUUGACCACUGCUAAGGGGCAACUUAAGCAGAUCAAGCAGCACUGUGCGCAGUUUGGUGAUGGGACUCAGAGAUUAGCUCAUGUCUUUGUUGAUGCCCUUGAAGCACGCAUAGCCGGAACUGGAAUUCAGAUCUAUACAGCUUUGUCUUCGAACACAAAAUCGAUAGCUGAUGUGCUGAAAGCUUUCCAACUCUAUAUUGCAGUCUGUCCCUUCAUCAAGUGUGCAACUAUCUUUGCAAACCACAGUAUUUUGAAGCUCGUAGAGGAAAAGAAAGCAACAACGCUCUAUAUUAUUGACUUUGGGAUAGACUUUUCCGGACGUGGCUUCCGUCCAGAUAAAGCAGUCCAGGAAGCAGGGCGUCGGUUGGCUAUGUACUGUGGAAGAUAUAAUGUUCCAUUUGAGUACAAUGCCAUUGCACAGAAGUGGGAGACAAUACAAAUUGAGGACCUCAAGAUUAGCCCGGAUGAGGCCGUUACCGUGAACUCUCAAAACCGGUUUGAGAACCUACUUGAUGAGACAGUUGUGGAGAACAAUCCAAGAGAUACUGUUCUGAAUUUGAUUAGGAAGAUAAAUCCAGAUAUGUUCAUACACUCCAUCGUAAAUGGAUCCCACAAUGCCCCUUUCUUUGUGAGGCGGUUCAGGGAGGCUCUCUUUCAUUACUCGGCAUUGUUUGAUAUGUUUGAUGCAAUUAUUCCUCGAGGAGAUCAAAUUAGGUUGAUGUUUGAGAAAGAGUUGUGGAGGCAAGAAGUAAUGAACAUUGUGGCAUGUGAGGGCACGGGGAGAAUAGAGAGGCCUGAGACAUACAGGCAGUGGCAGUUCCGAAGUAAGAGGGCUGGGUUCAGGCAGCGUCCUCUGGACCCCGAACUGAUGAGGGAAUUCAAAGGUAGGCUGAGCCAUGUAUACCACAAUGAUUUUAUUGUGGAACAGAAUGGGCAAUGGAUGCUGCAGGGAUGGAAGGGUCGCAUUCUUUUUGCGUCGUCUGUAUGGGUACCUCCAUAGAUGAUUGGACUUGUACCGUCAUUCAUGACUUUGAAUUAGUCUCGCCCGGACACACGUUUAGCUUUCUAAUUUUGUUAUGUAUACACAAAUAAAAAGUCGUAUGAUUC